AAGAAAGUGAUGGGGACGACGAUGACCUCUUGAUGGGGCCCAGCCGGUUACCCGCUUGGGGACGAUGGAGCAGCACAACAGUGCCAAGCAUCGGAGGACCAAAACGCUGCGCUCCAUCUCGCGCUCCCUCAUCCUCUGUAAUGGGAAGCACAGUGACGACGGGUCGAGUCCGGACGAGAAGUACCCCAACCCGUUUGAGGGCCCUGCCAACUGGGGCCAGGAGGAAAUGGGCCGCUGCCCUCGGCUUCAAUUAGCGUGUGCCUCGUCCGGCGAAGAUGGCCCGCCUGAUCCACUUAUGCUCAGCGGCAUGAUGCAGCUGAGGGCGGCCGCCAGCGAUAGCUGCAAGAAUAUGAAGAGGAAGUUCUUCGUCAAGGACAGCUGCAUUUGGAAACUCUGUGUCGCCACAGGGAACGACGGGCUGGGCAUUCAAGUCUCUAGGCCUCCCCAUUGCUCAGCUCCUGGCAAAGAAUUCACAGUGCGCCAUGUGAUCGAGGGAGGAGCUGCCCAGAGAGACGGCCGCCUAAGCCCUGGAGAUGAACUUUUGAGGGUGAAUGGGCAAUCUCUUAAAGAGCUCUCCAGCAAAGAGGCAGAAUCACUUAUCCAAUCAGCAAAAGGCUUGGUAAAUUUAGUAAUUGCUAACAAGGAAUCCUCUGUCUGUUCUCGCAAAGAACAUCUGGCUAAACAGGAGGCACAAAAUGUCCUGCAGACGAAAGCCAAAUGCCUGAGGACACGCAGCAAUUCAGCAAGUGCGAGUCCCUACUGGGUAGGGGAAAUCGACAACCCCGUGGUGAAGAAGUCCGCCUCCCGCUACAGGCAGUCCUAUUCUCUUUAUAGCAACAGGAAGUCUCUCUCUCAGCAGCUGGACAGCUCAUCAGGAAGAGCCCCUGGGAAUCCCCUUUCCAGGUCUUCUCGGUCCCUGAGCACCGCCCAGCUGACACCCACCCUGUGCGGCUUGCAGGCUUCUGUAAUCUCCAAUAUUGUUUUAAUGAAAGGCCAAGGGAAGGGUCUUGGUUUCAGCAUUGUGGGGGGUAAAGACAGCAUUUAUGGGCCCAUCGGCAUCUACGUGAAAACCAUCUUUCCUGGGGGAGCCGCUGCUGCAGAUGGCCGGCUGCAAGAAGGGGAUGAGAUCCUGGAGCUGAACGGAGAGUCGAUGCACCGGCUGACACAUUACGAAGCUCUGCAAAAAUUCAAGGCCAAGAAAGGUCUUCUCACGCUUACGGUCCGAACAAGCCUCAGCACCCCGCAUUCAGCGGCGGCCUAUCUAUCAUCCCACCUCUGCCGUUCGCUAAGCACCAGCAUGUGUCUCACCAAGGAGAACAGCUCCUUCGGCUUGGAGGGUGUGCCUUUCCCUUCGAAUGCCACCAAUCCCAAGGACAGGAUCAUCGUGGAGGUUUUCUUGAACAAAGAGGCUGGUGUGGGUUUAGGCAUCGGCUUGUGCAACAUCCCUUAUUUCCAAUGCAUUUCGGGAAUAUUCAUCCACGCCCUUUCUCCAGGUUCUGUCGCUCAUAUGGAUGGAAGGCUCAGGUGUGGAGAUGAAAUCGUAGAAAUCAACGAGACAUCAGUUCAAAAUAAGACCCUUAAUGAAGUCCAUGGACUUCUAAGCCAUUGCAAUCCUGGGACCGUGCAAAUCAUCAUCAGCAGGCACCCAGCUCCACAGGUCUCUGAACAGCAGCUGAAAGAGGCCAUUUCACAAGCUGUGGAAAGAGAGAGGUACCAGUGGAAUACAGAAGGUGUUAAAAACCUGGAGAACAGCUGGCAUAAGAAACCUCCCUGCGAGAAAUACUCAGAGAGGCGCACCGCCCACAGCAACCCUCAUACCUCAAAGCACAUGAUCCGGUCCAGCAGCGACAGCAGUUACAACCCCAGGUUGUCUGGGGGAAACGGCCUCGUGUACCAGCUGGUGGACCUGAAGGCCAAAGGGCACAGUAUUGACGUACCCAUUACCAGGCAGCCGGGCUCCUUCUUUUCCUCCUCCAGAACAAGUCUGGAGAAAGACCCCUCCCCACUGACUCAAAAAGUAACCGUCCAGCUGCCACAGGCCCCCGCGAAGAGGUCCACCGAGAUCCUCGUUAGGAAACCCCGGUCAUCCAAACCGAAGCCUCCGCCAAGGAAGUAUUUCAAACAAGAUUGUGCGGACCAUGAGCUGAUCAGCAGAGAAGCCAAAGAGGAGGCCAGGGGAGCAAGGGAUGGGGGGUCCCCUCCAUCGAAUACUCAGGAAGCAGAAGACCUGCUACAGCAAGGAAAUAAGACCGCUGUAACUCACAAAGCCUUUGCUGCUGCUUUGGCGCCAAGAGCGGCGGAAGAGCCUGGCAGGUUUCUUGAAGAAACGGAGCAAGAAAGAAAAGCCAACCAAGGAAAGGUCGUCUCACCCACUUCACGGCCUGCACUGAGGAGGCAAGCUCGGAUAGAUCAUACCCUGGAGUGUACAGCGGAAGACCCUUGGGUUAGAAUUUCUGACUGCAUCAAAAGUUUGUUCAACCCGAGCAUGUCAGGAGACAGCUGCCACGUCAGCCUGCACCCCGGCAUCGACACCAGCGAAGGCCACCCGGCCUCCAGUUGCUCGGAAACAGGCCUGCCACAUUCGGAUACGGAGGAAGGGGAUUCAAAAGCACCCAGGUCAUCGGAUGAAGGUGACUUUAUGAAGAAAGGUCCACCGGUCGCGCCCAAACCGGCUUGGUUUCGUCAAAGUCUCAAGGGCUUGAAAAAAGGAGCUUCCGAUGGAAUGGCUCUCAAAAGUGCCCCGGAGGGCCACUGCCAGAGCGUAUCUGAUAAUGAACUGGGUUCCCUUUCCAAGAUCAUUCAGGGGCCCUCUAGAGCCUCGUCCAUAAAGCAAAGAAUAAGCUCCUUCGAAAGUUUGGGCACUCCCCAAUCUCCAGGAAAAGGAGACCGGAAACUUAGCCCAAAGCUGUCGGUCCAGAAAGAAGGUUCUCCCGGCAAGAGGGAGCCAAAAUUUGCUACAGCUGAUUCUAGUCUUCUUUCGACCAGUACCAGUUCUGAAGAUCAUGGCUCGCAAGGCGCCCAUCUUCAGCUCCAACUAGAAGCGAGAAGGUUAGAUCCAUCCUGUUGCCUAAGGCAGGAACAUGAGGUUCUGAGUCCAAAGACAAUCCACAGCGAACUCAAUGAAUCUGUUCUGGAUUUGCUACCUCCAAAAAACACAGAACUGUGCUCACGACAGGUCUCAAAACCCCCAAGCCAGAGAGCCCGGAGUUUUCCUCUCACCUCACCCCAGUCCUGUGAGAUGCUGAAAACCGGCGAAGAGAAAUACAGCAAGAUCGACUCCCUGAGCCACCACUUCUCGUCCGCCUUAAUGAGGUCCUUUUAUUCCCUCCCUCAGUCUCCUCUAGGUUCAGGGAAGAACCCGUGGCGAUCGCCUGGUGGGUUGUCAAAGCCCUCCACCGAAGAAAAUGGGGCCGCCAUCUUGGAUACCGAAGAAGCGCCUUCUCCAGACGCUGGCUUUUCUCUGAGCCUCUCAGAGCUGAGGGACUACAGUUCAAGCCGGUCAGACCAUGAGAAAGAGGAAGAUGAGCGGAAACGCUGCGCUCCUCCGACUUUGGGUGUCUCCGGACAAGCUGUCAUCUCUUUGCUGACGCCUGAAGAACUGGAGAAGCUGGUGGAAGAGGUGAAGUCCUUAGACGAAGCAACGUUAAAGCAACUCCGCGACAUCCAUGUCACAAUUCUUCACAAAGACGAAGGCGCCGGCCUCGGGUUCAGCUUAGCCGGCGGAGUAGACCUAGAGAACAAAGCUGUCACGGUCCAUCGAGUUUUCUCCAGCGGGUUAGCUUUCCAAGAAGGGACCAUUCAGAAAGGGGACGAAGUCUUGUCCAUCAACGGGAAGUCCCUGAAAAGCGCCACCCAUAACGAAGCGCUGGAGAUCCUGCGUAAAGCUCGGCACCCGAAGCAGGCUGUUAUCGUCACGAGAAAGCCCCAGGAAAGAGAAAGGAGACUCAGUGCCUCUCUGGAUUCCUCUGCGUCUGUGGGAAGUGAAACCUCAGCAGAAUCUACCUGUGAGGACCUGAUCUUCACAGUAACCCUGGAGAAGACCUCUGCUGGGCUAGGGUUUAGUCUGGAAGGAGGGAAAGGCUCCAUCCAUGGAGAUAAGCCAAUCAUCAUCAACAGAAUGUUUAAAGGAGUGGCCUCGGAACACAGCCCCGCGGUCCAGCCUGGGGACGAACUCCUGCAAGUCCACACGAGUCUAAUGCAAGGGCUGACCCGUUUUGAAGCCUGGAAUCUGAUCAAGACAUUACCCGAUGGGCAGAUCACAGCCGUCAUCAAGAGGAAAGCCCCAACCAGCGGAGCUGGCGCUGAAUCUCUCCACGGAGAGGAAAACCAGUUGUAGUUGACAUAGAGAGACCGUGUCCGAAUGGAUGCCCUUUUAAAAGAAAGGUCAAUGUGUGUUCAUUCCUUCUCCCUUCCUCCAGCUGCUCUCACUGCCUAUGGCCAGAUGUUCUUUGUAAGCUCUGAGAAAGAGGAGCAGAACUGAGAAUAAGAGGAGGAGGAGGAGAAUUAGACAUCGCUUGUCUGUGGCCUCAGUAAUCAUAAAGUACGUAGCUGCAGCACGCUGUACGUUCACUGAAUGAGGCUGUUCAUAAGCGAGGCCCGAGGAGAAACCUGUUGAUCCGCUUGAGGGGGGAAGUGAUGCCAUGAUUAACAAACUGGGCUUCAAGUGUGUGACGUGGGGGUGAAGCCUCUCCGGCCAGGGCUGCAGGCCAACAGUACCCAGGACAGAUUUGGGAUGCGCGCGAUCCACUUGAUGGACAAGGAACUGCGUAAAUGCCCCUCCAUCCCAUGCAAAUAAAGGGUUGUUGCUUUGAUCCUUCAAAG